AAGCCAAAUGAGACGAAGAAAUGUAAGUUUGCCAGAUUUUGGAUUGCGCGAGACGAAUCAUGCUGCAAACCCAGGAAGACCACCCUUUGUCAUCGAGAAGGAACUACUAGAGGACCUCCGGAGCGCUUCCUACACAUGGACAGAUAUUGCGAAGAUGUUACGAAUUUCGCGCUGGACCUUGUAUAGAAGGGUAAGAGAGUACAAUCUGGAGCACUUAAGUCGAUAUUCGGAUAUUUCAGAUGAUGAACUAGAUGCCCUAAUUAGAGGAUAUAUUUCUCGGCAUGGAAACACAACAGGAGAAUCCUAUUUGAUUGGUUUUAUCAGGUCUCGUGGGCUGAGGGUUCAAAGAGAUAGGAUUAGGAUGUCACUCACUCGUGUUGAUCCAGAAAACACUGCAUUAAGGUGGGCAUGCGUGAUAACGCGAAGGGUAUAUAGCGUUCCUGGGCCAAAUUCUCUGUGGCACAUUGACGGCCAUCAUUCCCUAAUUCGAUGGAAGUUCGUUAUUCAUGGCUGCAUCGACGGUUUUUCGAGACGAAUUUUAUACCUACUCUGUGCUGACAACAACCGUUCAGAAACAGUAGGUGAUCUGUUUCAAAAUGCAGCAGAAGAAUUUGGAUGGCCUUCACGUGUUCGAGGAGAUCAUGGGGGUGAGAACUCUAUUGUUGCUUCAUUGAUGGUACAAGUAAGGGGUGACGGCCGCGGUAGUUUUAUUGCCGGCUCCUCUACUAGGAACCAGAGGAUAGAGAGACUCUGGCGUGAGGUCUUUAGGUGUGUUGUUUUCCUAUUUUACUGCGUAUUUUACGCAUUGGAGGAAAGUGGAAGUCUUGAUUUGGAGAACAAUGAGCACAUUUUUGUUUUGCAUUACAUAUUUAAAGCACGCAUCAAUUAUGCAUUAAAGGAGUUUGCCGCCGCAUUUAAUAAUCGUCCCAUUCGCACAGAAAACAACUGGAGGUCCUAAUAAGAUAUGGAUCGAUGGAAUGAUCAACCCAAGUAAUGAAGGACAAACAGCUCUUCGUGAUCCAGCUAUUGGUGAAGCAGUUCCAGAGAACAUUGAUCUAUAUGGAGCGGACUGGGAUGGGCCUCUUCCAGUGGAAAGAGUAAACAUGGUUGAGGUAGACCCACCACGAUGCCCGAUUCAACAAGACAUGCUGAAUUUGCUGCAACAAACUGUAAAUCCACUUGAGGAGUCAAAUGUUUAUGGGAUUGACCUGUACAUGCAAGCGGUUUCUUUGUUGUAAAACUGAAUGUACACAGAAUCCUGGAGGUAGUUUGUAUGGGAUCAGGAGUGACUUGCCAAAGUCGUAUACUAGGCAUGUACCUCUGCACCAUUUUUAUAUCCUCCAAGGAAAAUGGCAUUCCAUUCACAAACAAAACAGAAAGAGUAUUGGUCUGGUCUGUGAAGAGUUUAGUGCUUUUGGGGUUAGGGUUUAGAACCACAAUGUUAAUACAGUCAGAUUUCCCAACACUUGCAAAUAUUUUAAGUACUUUACUCUUACCGUAACACAUGAAUUAUGUAUGCUACCUCUUCCUCGGGAAUUCUCCUGGCCAUAAUACAGAGUUCCCUUUGAAAAUUUACUAUACGUGUGGGUACUUUGGCCUUCCAUAUCAAGUGGCCAUGGGUUGAGGUUCCUUUCAGGUUUAGGUCUUUUACUGAACUUGGCCAAGCUGCUUUGAAUGCAGGUUUAUGCCAACCUAGGGUUAAAAUUUAUUUUUAUCAGUUAUUAGUUUUAUCAUCUUAUAGUCUGUUUUGAUCCAUCAUUUUUGUAUCACAUUACUGUGGGCUCUGAGUAAGUGCUCAGGUACAGUGAAACCUGGUUAAUCCAGACUCUAAAGGAAAAUGACCGUGUCCAUUAAUCCAUCCCUAUUCCAUUAAUCCAUUAGUUCCAUCCCCCUUGGCCAUUUUUUCAAGGAGGUCAGGCUUAUUAUUAGGACAAAGGAAACUGCUAUAUUCAGGUGUUCGAGUUCGUUCAGUUUACUGGGUGUUAUUAUGCACUGUAUACUUGCAAAAAAUAUUUUACAAUCAUUUCAAAAAGGUUGUUUUGGGAAUUGGGCACUGGGUACAUGGAAGUCAUUGUUCACUGUACUGUAUUGUUUUAUACAGUUUCAAUGCCCUAUUUCUGAAGUAUACCAUGAGAUUAAUCAAGCAUGUAUAAUUAUGUUAUUACAUCUUAACUUCACUUAUAUUAAUUGUAUAUUAGUUGUUAUGCAUAUUGCCUCCCACACAGGCACAGGUGCUUUUACGGCUUUAUCAUGAAUUCGUCCCCCUCAAACAUCUGUGUGAAAGGCUAGUGAUGUAUACCGUCUUCAAUUAGAAAAAUACUGUUAUCAGGCUGUACUGUAGGAAAAGGAAGAAGGCUGGAAAAUUAAAGCAAUUGUUUAACAUUCAAGAACAAACUUUUUAUUUACUUUCCACAUCUAUCUCAAGUACAAAGACAGUGCAUUAUUGAGGUUUCCUUCCUUUACUUUUAGAGAUGCCGAUUUCCCUUUAUCAGUUGGGUAUCUUGUAAACGACAAGUCUAUGUUUUGGUUGUUGGCAUAAUUAUUAUAAGUCAAGAUAAGUUAUCAACAUCAACAUCAACAUAUUUUCUACUUGUAAGAAAUUCUUAAUCCUAACAUCCCACCACCGACCAGUAGAAGCAAUGAUCUCUACUGUUAACCCU